AUUUCCUGCUUACAGCAAGGAGGAAGGAUGCCAAGUCCGUAAAGAUCAAGAAGAACAAGGACAAUGUCAAGUUCAAGGUGCGUUGCAGCCGGUACCUGUACACCCUCGUCAUCACAGACAAGGAGAAGGCAGAGAAGCUGAAACAGUCACUGCCCCCAGGUCUGGCUGUGAAGGAGCUCAAGUAGAGGACUAUCUUCGUGUACAGUAAAUUGUAAUAAAAAGAGGAAAACCAUU